CCUUUACAGUUUAUAAAUACGUCUGUACCGGGCGAGUAGUAACACAUGUUGUAGAGUAGGAGACAACAUUAGCAGGCAUAAUACAUAGUAUCCCAAGCUACAAGAAAAGGAAACACUAACAAAGCAAAAUCAUGAAGUUUAAAAAUGUUAUGUUUGUAAGCGUCCUGAUUCUUUUGGCAUCCCACAUGCUUUUGGUGGAAUGUAACAAUCAAAGGGAAGGAAAAAAAGACAAAGAGGGAGCUGGAAACACAAAACAGAGGGGUGCAGCUAAAGGAGAAAAGAAACAAGCUGCUGCAAACCCAAAAGAAAAGGAAAAUAAACCUAAAGGAGGGAAAAGCUCACUUCAAGGCAAAUUUGCAACCAAGGACAAGUCAGAGUGCAUUUGGUCAGUGACCCAAACAGAGACUGUGAUUUUAAAUGUAGAGUGUACUAAGGGAGAGUCUAAAAUUUCCUGCACAUUUGGUGGAAACCCAGCAUCCUGUGCUAAAUAUACAGAAAACCAAAAGAACUAUUGGAAACAAAUUACUAGAGCUUUAAGGAAGCAGAAAAACAUUUGUCAAGAUCCCAAAGCUAUUCUGAAAUCAAAAGAGUGUAGAAAAGGACCACCAGAUGCUCACUUGAGUCUCAUCAGCUCUGGCCAGUCGGCAUCAGAGGAUACAGGACGUAACCAUGGAGAGUUAAAGCCAACGCCCAAUGUCAACGCAGAUAAAACCACUACAGAGUGCAAAGAGGAUCCUGAUGUUGCUGAAAAUAAAAGAGCAGCCUUAGAAUAUUGUGGAGAUUCAUGGAGUUCUUUCUGCAAUUUUUUCUUCUCCAUGGUACAGAGUAAAAGCUGCUGAUAACACAUGCCAUGUGUGAGAUCUUUAUAAAAUACAUGCCAUGUGUGAGAUCUUUAUAAAAUACAUGCCAUGUGUGAUAUCUUUAUAAAAUACAUGCCAUGUGUGAGAUCUUUAUAAAAUACAUGCCAUGUGUGAUAUCUUUAUAAAAUACAUGCCAUAAUAAGUAAUGUAUAUAUUUCUGCAAAGCCUAUUUUGUUUUCUAAAUGUGUAUUUAAAUUUCAGUUCAAAGCAUUGUUUUUCUUAUUAAUAUAUUUAUAUUUGUUUUUUAGGUUAAACUUUCACUACAAAUGUAUAAAUAUAUAAAGUCUUCUUCAGUUUUUAAAGCUGAAAAUGUAUUGGUCUCUAUGACUGUUCAGUACUAUGUACUUUAUAUUCUAUAAUAUGCUCAAUUGUAUUCAAUAAAUUUUUAAAUGCAUUUAAAAUUAUAA